AUGUACUCCAAGAACAUCUUCGCCGCUGGCGCGCUCCUCAGCGUUGUCGCUGCUGUGCCAUUGGCCGCCAACAAGCGCGACCUCGUUUGGGUCACCGAGACCGACGAGGCUGUUGUCACUGUUCCAGUAACUACCACUAUCUGGGUCAACCCAGGCGAGACUGCUCCUACGGCCGUCUCCACCGUUCAGGCUGAUGCCCAUACGGUCUCCCAUUACGGUCACCACACCCACUCUACGUCUUCCAGCGCUCCAGCUCCUUCUGCUCCGGCUCCUUCUGGCCCAGCUUCCAGCGCAGCGCCCAGCUCGAGCAGCUCCGCCUAUGUUGCACCGUCGUCCAGCUCGGUAUACGUUGCACCCUCUUCCAGCUCGGUCUAUGUCGCGCCAUCCUCCAGUAGCUCGGUCUAUGUCGCUCCCACGACCUCCACAUCCGUCUACGUUGCGCCUACCACUUCCACUUACGUCGCGCCGACCACGAGCUCUACCUCGCAAUAUGUUGCUCCAUCUUCCAGCGCUUCGCCAACCACAGCUCAGGCCUCAAGCAGCGUCGCAGCCGCCGCCCCAGCUGCUGCAUCCUGCACGAACGCCAACACUGGAAACACCUUGAGCGGCCAAGCCGCAGUCGGAACCUCCUACAGCGGUGACCUGACCUACUACCAGACCGGCAUGGGUGCCUGCGGCUGCACUUCCGGCCAAUCUGAUAACAUUGUCGCUGUGUCCGAGUCCCUCUUCGACCAAUUCACCAUUGCGGGCAAUCCCAACCUGAACCCUCUCUGCGGCAAGCAAGUCAGCAUUACCGGCGCCAACGGCCAGGCCUACACGGCCACUAUCGUCGACCGCUGCACGGGCUGCAAGGUCCAGGACUUGGACUUGAGCCAGGGCUUCUUCAACACUGUCACCAACAAUGGUGAUGGUCGUGUGCACAACAUGAACUGGAGCUUCCUUAACUAA